UGUGACUUGACCUAGACGGCGAAUUUCAUUCUUAAGGUCGUUAGACAUGCACAAGGUGGCAUCUGAAUUUGCAGUCUCAAAUGGAAUUCUUAAGGUGGUCGACGGAAACCCAUCUCUUUUAUCAUGUACACUUUUACCAUCUCCCGUACCAAAAGUAUUACUAUGUCGUGCUCAAUCAAUCCAAUGUGAUUUUAACUUGUUAUAUCACAGGGUUGCAAUGAAUCAUGAAUUUCUGUAUGAUGUGUUGAAGCCCGUUCUUGCUGUUGACCCUUAUCUUCGCUCAUUAUGGGGUAUAUAUUCACGAAUUCGAACUAACAAAAUUACUCAGGUAAAGAAAUUUUGUUUGAAAUCGAUUACACAGAUUUCAUGUAUCCCGAAAGUCUGCCGAUCCCUACUUAAAGUUUUAUAACUGUUUAGACUUUUUCUGAAAUAUUACUCGGUAGACUUCUCAGUAUUAUUUACCCGUUUUCGCUUUAACAUUUACCCAAGACGUUCGGCACUCCGAACACCAAAUAUGGGGGAAUAAAGAGGAACCUUAGAGAAAUUCUGUGGAAAAUGCUCAAAUCGGUAUGAAUGUAGCCGACAAUCCAUCAAAUCUUCGCCUCUUCCUUAGCCCAAGGUAAAAUUGCUGCUGUUCUUCAUUUAAGUGAAGUGUCUUGGAACAAGACCUUUCUAAUUGCUUGAUUUGAUUUGUAACUUGUGCCUGUUAGACCUCAUGGAACAUAGGCUACCUACCAUUAUUCUCCAACCAACCUUGUCCUUUCUAUUCCUUUUCGGUCACGAACUGCUAUUAUUUCUUUUGACUUAUUCCUUC